AUGGCGCCAAGUGCAGCGCCAGCUCCCGGAUUAGCGCAAGCUACGAGAAGACCAGAUGUGAAUGGGACUGCCAAUCCUAUCUCGCCCGCUAUGAUGCCCUGCACGCGCCUUACGAACAAGUCGACGGGACGUGCGGGUGCGAGCUUUACAUCGUCGAGCUUGACGCCGCAGACCACGUCAGAGCAAAUUGCCGUGGACGAAGAGGAGGUCAUGUUCGAAUUCAUGUCGCAGGCUCAAGCAAAGCAGACUAAAAAGGCUCUGGUGCGUCUUCAGACGAACUUUGGCGAUCUAUUGUUAGAACUUUACGCGAACAAGGCCCCCCGGACUUGUUACAAUUUUUUAAUGCUUUGUCGACAGGGCAAAUAUAACAACACAAUCUUUCACAGAAACAUCCCAGGCUUCAUGAUCCAAGGUGGCGAUCCCACAGGCACAGGACGUGGUGGCGAAUCGAUCUGGGGAAAGCCAUUUGCUGAUGAACUCGUGAAUCCAGGUGCGUACCGCCAUACCAGUCGCGGCAUUGUAUCUAUGGCCAACAAGGGAUAUAAUACAAAUGGAUCACAGUUCUUUAUCACGUAUCGAGCGACACCACACCUUGAUACCAAACAUACCGUAUUUGGGCACCUCAUCAGCGACGACAACGAUACCAAAUAUCCUGUGCUCGAUGCUUUAGAACGAGUCCCCAACGAGCCUGACUCAACUAAGCCGAUUCGACCCAUCAAGCUCAUUGAGGCGCAGGUAUUUGAAGAUCCAUUCGCUGAAUACAUGGCACGUGAAGAGGCCAAGAUGCGGCGUCAAAACCCUGAUGAAGAGGAACGCUUGCGCAGAGAAACUAAGCGCCGCAAACGCGAAGAGGACAGGACUACAUGGUAUGUUCUCGCACGCAUGUGGAUAAACAGACUCACGCACUACAGGCUCGGCACACGACUGGCACCAAAGAACAUGGAUGCGGCAUCCUCAACUGCUACCGUGCCGAGUGCACCAUUGCGUGUUGAGCCGCAAGAUGAACAUGGUCUCGCAGCACUCGCGGGACUGAAGCCUUCGUCCAAGACAGGUCCCCCGCCACGCCAGAGUCCUGGCAUGGCUGUGAGGCGCGGUGGUUUUGGCGACUUUUCUAGCUGGUAG